AUGAGCGCCGACUUGAUUGAGGUAGCCAUCCCCUUUAUCGCCGAUGCUUUGACGAACCGCCACAAAACCGACCUCAUCAGCCGGGAUGAAGAUGCUCGUCGUCUGCAGCUGCGCGUGCUGCUGCUUCGAGAUGAGAACACUCGGCUACAAGACAAGUGCACAGCGAAGGAUGAAGAAAUAAAGGCUCUGUCACGAGAUGGUGAUCAAUUGCGCGUCGAGCUUGAUGGAUUCAAGGCACAAAAUCAGCCCAAGGAUGCGCAGAUCAAAGACGCCGCAAUUGAGGCAGAUGAUGCGGCUCCAAAGGCGGAGACAAAGUCAAGCGAGGCCCAUAUGCAAGAUUUGAGCAAGGCUUUAGAUGAGAAUUUGGCCCUUACGAAGGAACUGCAACAGUUGCGACCAGAAAUGGAGCUUUUAAAGCAGCAAGUCACGAAUUACGAAAAGAUGUUAUCCGAACAACGGAAGACGGAGCUCGCGAGCAAGAAACAGUCAAAGCCUGGGAAGACAAACGGCGAAAGCGAAGACAUGAGCGAACUUCGAGCAGCUUUGGACAAAGUCACGGAAAAGUUGGCUGAAGAAGAGAGACAACGCGAAAACAUCAAGUCAAAUCAUCGGAAGGAGCUAGAAGAAUCAGAACGCCAGAACGAUAAGCUGGAACAGAGAAUAUCAAAACUGGAAAAGAAGUUGAAAGAUUCACAAAAGGAGCUUCGUGACGUGCGGAAAGAACUCAAGGCACCUCAACCUAGCUCGAAAGAGGACGAAUCGGAGGGCGGAAAUACCAGUAACAACCAAGAAGCGACGACGAAAGCUCGGGCAAAAGAUCAAUCUCUAACAAAUAAGGAGAGGCUGUCGCGCAGGAACAAGCGCACAAUAGAGCAAGCAGCCGUGGGAGAAAAAUCAACCUUUUCAAUCACGCCGCUCCUCAACAAGAUAAAAGACACUACCACCAAAGAAACCAACGGCCUGGGACUGACGCUCGACGAUGUGCUUGCACAACCCGGAGCUGAUGAUGCAUCACCACUCGUGAUGGCAAACAAAUCAUCUGAUGCCAAGCCCAUAAUAGCACCAGAUGCCGAACUCGAGACUACGACACCUUUGCGGCCUCGAGAAAAGCUGAAAUCAAAGAAGAAAGCAACUACUACUGCUGCUACAGCAACUGCAACUAUAACAGCAGAGGAUGAAGACCACUUGUCCAAACUCACCGCUUCUGUUCGGAAGAUAGCACGUGUGAGGUCUGAAGACCCUCAAGACGAAGAGACAUCUAAGGAUGUCGACUCCGAUGAUACAGCACCUCCCAAAAGGAAAACGCUUCAUGAAACUACAACGACUGACCCUAGCUCUGUUUUUGAGCACAAGAAGAGGAAGAGAAAACUUCUGAACAAGACUAACGAUAUCAUACUAGAGGAAGAUGAGACCGUGGAAGGAGUCCCAGCCGUGGAAACACCGGCAGGUCGACCAAGAAGAAUAAAAUCCUCCGCGACAAGCGCUUUCAACUCGCAAACCGGCACCAAGCCGUUUUCACCUUUGAAACGGCACAAACGGGGGGUUAACGCAAGCUUUCUAGCUUGA